UCCUACAAUUAGGAAAAUUAAACGGUGGUGACGACGCAAAAGCCUAGAAAACAUGUCGGAGUCUUACGAUUAUCUUUUCAAGUUUCUCAUCAUCGGGCGUGCUGGUAGUGGCAAAUCCUGUCUGCUGCACCACUUUAUCGAGAACAAAUUCAAGGAAGACAGCUCACACACAAUCGGUGUGGAGUUUGGUUCGCGGAUCGUGAACGUCGGUGGCAAAUCGAUCAAGCUACAGAUUUGGGACACAGCAGGACAGGAACGUUUCCGCUCGGUAACACGGUCCUACUAUCGCGGUGCAGCCGGUGCUCUACUAGUGUACGACACUACCUCGCGGGACAGCUUUAACGUGCUCUGGAACUGGUUGAACGAUGCGCGCACACUGGCCAGCCAGAACAUCUGCAUACUCCUGGUGGGAAACAAAAAAGAUCUGGAAGAGGAACGCGAGGUAACGUUCCUGGAGGCAAGCAACUUUGCCCAGGAAAAUGAGCUUAUCUUUCUAGAGACGAGCGCCAAGACGGGAGAAAAUGUGGAGGAAGCAUUUUUGAAAUGUUCCAAAACUAUCCUGGCAAAGAUCGAAACGGGCGAACUGGAUCCGGAACGGAUCGGUAGCGGUAUUCAGUACGGGGAUGCCGCCGCUCGUGCUGCCGCUGGUGGAACGCUCGGACCGAAUGGACAGCAACCGAGAAGCCGGCUGCGACCGGACUGUGCCGGUAAUGGUAGCUGCCGAUCUUCGUAGAGAAG